AUGUCCACCACCGACGGCUCAAGCAAUCAGUACCCCAAUCCGCAAGGAGCUGGUGGUUAUUAUUUUGGCAAUGCGCUUCCUCUUUGCCUGGUCAUCCCUUCAACAGCAUUGCGGUUAUGGGCCGAGCUGCGCCAUAACCGGAAUCGACUGGCGCUGGAUGAUGGCCUGAUUGUAUUGGCCACGCUUCUUAUCAUCUCAAUAUGUGCUACGUCGAUGUACCUGUGCAGCUUCGUGGUUGGCGUGACGUUGUCGGACCUAGGGAAAGAGAAGAUCAAGACCCUCAUGCAUGGCCUAUACGCCGUCCUCCAUCUCAUCACCUGGACCAGUACGCUGACGAAACUCUCUGUGUUGGCCCUAUACCACCGCGCAUUCCCCUCCGAGACCCUCAACGUGUGCAUCUGGAUCGCGGCGACGCUGAGCAUCGGAUGGCUGAUCGGGUUUGAAGUGACCUGGUUUCUGCUAUGCAAUCCAAUCCGAAAGUUCUGGCAUUUCGACCAGGCCGGCUACUGCCGGAAUAUGCUCGCCCCGAUUUAUGUUUUGGGCUCGUUCAAUGUCGCCAUUGACCUGGGAAUUCUGAUACUGCCGCUACCCUUGAUCGCGAAGAUGCGAAUAACGCGACACCAGAAGAUCUUGCUUUGCUGUCUAUUCUCGGUUGGAUUAGCCACCUGCGCUAUCGGCGCCGCCCGGAUCCCUUUCAGCACCAGCUAUAGCGGGCUCAAAGUCUCGACGCUGGAUGGCAGCACAUUCGGCCUCCUUGGGAUCUGGGAAUGCACAGGCGGGAUCCUAUGCGCCAACCUACCCAUCGUCUACAAGCAUAUCACAACGGGAAUCCGACGGGUACUAGGGUUACGGCCUCGAGAUACCGGCCGGCUUCAUCCCACCACAAGUCCACAGGUCCGCAACUGGUACCAAUUCCAGCGGAUGUUGAGGCGGAAGCAGAACCGGCAUUGGGAGAUCUCGACGGAGGACUCGCUGACCCGGCCUACUUCAUACUCGGAUCCCUUUUCGUACUCCGAUCCUAUAGAUGCAGGCGGGAUACUGAUGCGGGAUAUGCCGAAAGAGGCGGGCGCUUCCGCCAGGACUUUUAGAGAACCAUUGCGGCCUCCGGCUGGAGUGGUGCAUCAUACUGUAUAG